AAAAAUAUGUCUUCCGCUCCACGCACAUCCUGGAUUUGUCAUGAAUCAAGCAAAAGGGUCUCUCACCACAUCGCUUCUCUUCCUGUUUUUCCACUUCUGCAUAUCUAUUGACACUAUAACGCCAACCCAGUUCAUCAAAGAUGGUGAUAUUUUAGUCUCUAAAGGAGAACGUUUCGCACUUGGGUUCUUCAGCCCAGGCACUUCUACUCGUCGCUACGUCGGAAUUUGGUACAACAAAGUUUCAGAACAAACCGUUGUCUGGGUGGUAAAUAGAGAUAAUCCUAUCAAUGAUGCCUCUGGGAUACUCACUAUCAACAGUCAAGGUAACCUUGUCUUGUACGAGAAAAACCAAACUAUUCCUCUCUGGUCCACCAAUUUCUCUACAUCAACGAGUAAUUCCAUGGCUCAGCUCCAGGAUUCGGGAAAUCUUGUUUUGCUUCAGCGGGAUACUGAAAGGUUCUUAUGGCAAAGCUUUGAUUAUCCUACAGAUACCUUACUUCCUAACAUGAAGCUUGGAUUGAACAGAAGAACUGGCAAGAAUUGGGUUCUUACUUCUUGGAAAUCAAAAGAUGACCCCGGAACAGGUGACAUUGUCUACAGAAUCGAUCCAAGUGGGGUGCCUCAGUUGUUUCUAUAUAAGGGUUCUGUUCGGUGGUGGCGAGGCGGACCAUGGACAGGAGAAAGAUGGAGCGGGGUACCCGAGAUGACACGUAAUUACAUCUUUAAUGUCAGUUUUGUGAACAAUAAGGAUGAGGUAUCCAUCGCGUAUGGUUUGACUAAUCCCUCAAUCGUCUCAAGAAUGAUGGUCAAUGAGUCAGGAAACGUGCAACGGGCCACGUGGAAUCAAAGAGACCAUAGGUGGAUCGGGUUUUGGUCCGCCCCGAAAGAACAAUGUGAUAACUAUGGCGAAUGUGGUGCAAAUAGUAAUUGCGAUCCAUAUGAUUCUGAUAGUUUCAUAUGCAAAUGUUUGCCAGGAUUCGAACCAAAGUCACCAAGGGAUUGGUACCUGAGAGAUGGCUCAGGUGGUUGUAUCAGGAAAGCCGGCGUGUCAACGUGUCAAAGUGGGGAAGGGUUCGUGAAGAUGGAACGCGUGAGAGUUCCAGACACUACAAAGGCACAAGCGGACAUGAACUUGAGCUUGAAGGUAUGUGAGCAAGAGUGCUUGAAGAAUUGUUCCUGCACGGCUUACACAAGUGCAGAUGAGAGAGGGUUUGGGUGUAUGAGAUGGUAUGGAGAUUUGGUUGAUACAAGAACCUAUUCCAGUGUGGGACAGGACAUAUAUGUACGUGUGGACGCAGCUGAGUUAGCUAGAGACAGACGCAGCAAAUCUUUGUUUAAUUUCACCACAAGUGCAACAUACUUGGAAGAUUCUCAUAGUGGAAAGGGGAGUGAUGAAGUUGGAAUUUCAGAUUUACCAUGCUUUGAUCUCAGCACCAUAGCUGCAGCUACUGAUAAUUUCUCAGAUGCUAACAAGCUUGGAGAGGGUGGUUUUGGCUCCGUUUAUAAGGGUCUGCUAUAUGGUGAAAAGGAAAUAGCAGUUAAAAGACUGUCAAAGUAUUCUGGACAAGGGAACGAAGAGUUUAAGAACGAAGUUACUUUAAUCGCAAAACUCCAACACAGGAAUCUUGUAAGAGUCUUAGGUUAUUGCAUCCAAGAACGAGAGAAGAUGUUAAUCUAUGAAUUCCUGCCAAACAAAAGCUUGGACUCUUUUAUUUUUGAUGAAAAUAAAAGAUCACUGUUAGAUUGGCCAACGCGUCAUAACAUUAUUUGUGGGAUUGGUAGAGGGAUUUUAUAUCUUCAUCAAGACUCGAGAUUAAGAAUCAUUCAUAGAGAUCUCAAGGCAAGUAAUGUUCUGCUAGAUGCAUCAAUGAAUCCAAAAAUAUCAGAUUUUGGCAUGGCCAGAAUAUUCGGAGGUGAUCAAGUUGAAGCAAACACAAAUCGUGUUGUUGGAACGUAUGGUUACAUGUCACCAGAAUAUGCAAUGCAAGGCCUAUUUUCAAUAAAAUCUGAUGUAUAUAGUUUCGGGGUUCUAUUGCUAGAGAUAAUCACUGGCAGAAAAAACAGCAGCUAUUAUGAUGAGAGUACUUCUUCAAAUUUGGUUGGAUAUGUUUGGGACCUAUGGAGAGAAGGCAGGUCCUUGGAAAUGGUUGAUUUAUCGCUGGGUGAUUCAUACCCUGAAAGUGAAGUAUUGCAAUGCAUCCAAAUCGGGCUAUUGUGUGUGCAAGAAUCUGCAGUGGAUCGGCCUACAAUGUCGUCUGUUGUUUUCAUGUUGAGUAAUGAUACAAUUCUUCCAUCUCCAAAACAACCUGCAUUCAUUAUGAAGAGAACUUACAAUAGUGGAGAUCCAUCAACCAGUGGAGCUAAUUCUGUAAAUGAAGUCACUGUCACUAUGCUUGAACCUCGCUAGCUAGACUCGUCCCCUCUGAGUUGUUCUACACUCUCCCAUAUAUUGUAUAUUGUAUGUUCCUAGAAUUAGGUAUUUAUAUGCUAAAGGGUGGUCGAGCCAGAAAUUUAAGUUAGGUGGCGAAGAUUUUGUAAAAUGUUUUACUCUCUUUUUGAUUCAUCCUACCUUAGUUUCCCAUAUACCGUGCUUCUACAUGUUUCUUAUAUUGUUUAACUGAAGUUCUAUCAUGUAUGACAAUUUUUAAUUGUACAAAAAUAUUAUAUAAAAAUAGAUGUGCCUUUGGAUUGUUUUAUUAUUA